ACCCCCUCCGUCGCCAUCUCCGAUUUAUAUUUCUUGGCACCUUGGAUGAGCAUAUUCCAUUCCCCCUCCAUAUGCCCCCGCCUUCACGCUUCCACGGUCUGACCCAUCCACCAGUUUAUUUGCCAAUCACGAUACCCAACAAGCAAUCCCAUUCCCGUCCUCGGAGUACAACCUCCAAGAUUCAAGAAGCAGAACACGCCUGUCGUCCCCGGCGGGAAUGGGCGUGGUGAAUCGGAUCGGGGCGGCGGCGGCGGCGGUCGCCUGCGCCGUCCUGCUGCUGGCCGUCGCGUGCCACGCCGGCCAGACCAGCGAGUACCACCGGCAGCUCGGCCAGGCCAUGGACAUGCCGAUCGACGCCGACGUCUUCCGUCCUCCGCCCGGCCGCAAUGCGCCGCAGCAGGUUCAUAUCACACAAGGCGACCAUGAUGGUACGGCCAUGAUAAUCUCAUGGGUGACAACAAUUGAGCCUGGAUCAAGCACGGUGCUUUACGGGGCUUCAGAAGAUAACCUCAACUGUUCUGCAAAGGGCAAGCAUACUCAGUAUACCUUCUACAACUAUACCUCAGGAUACAUUCAUCAUUCUACAAUAAAGAAAUUAGAGUUUGACACAAAGUAUUACUAUGCUGUCGGUACUGAAGAAACAAGGAGGAAGUUUUGGUUCAGGACUCCUCCGAAAAGUGGCCCAGAUGUUCCAUAUACAUUUGGUCUGAUAGGUGAUCUGGGUCAGAGUUUCGACUCAAAUGUCACUCUCGCUCAUUACGAGACCAAUACAAAAGCGCAGGCUGUGCUCUUUGUCGGGGAUCUGACAUACGCAGAUAACUACCCGUAUCAUGAUAAUACGAGGUGGGAUACAUGGGCAAGAUUUGUAGAGCGGAAUCUUGCAUACCAGCCUUGGAUCUGGACAGCUGGAAACCAUGAGAUUGAUUUUGCUCCUGAACUUGGUGAAACUAAGCCAUUCAAGCCGUUCAGCCAGAGGUAUCCCACCCCUUAUAAGGCUUCCGGCAGUACAGCACCUUACUGGUAUUCCAUCAAAAGAGCCUCUGCUUAUAUCAUUGUCCUGGCGUCAUAUUCAGCAUAUGGAAAAUAUACUCCUCAGUACAAGUGGCUUGAAGCCGAGUUCCCCAAGGUGAACAGGAGCGAAACACCGUGGUUGAUCGUUCUGAUGCACGCCCCGUGGUACAACAGCUACAACUACCACUACAUGGAAGGUGAAAGCAUGAGGGUGAUGUACGAGCCAUGGUUCGUGAAGUACAAAGUUGAUCUUGUGUUCGCAGGGCAUGUCCAUGCGUAUGAAAGGACGCAUAGGAUAUCAAAUGUCGCUUACAACAUUAUAAAUGGCCAGUGCUCCCCAGUCCCAGACCAGUCCUCGCCGGUCUACAUAACCAUCGGGGACGGAGGAAACCAGGAAGGGCUGGCCACCAACAUGUCGGAGCCGCAGCCAAGCUACUCGGCGUUCAGGGAGGCGAGCUUCGGGCACGCCAUUCUCGACAUUAAGAACCGGACGCACGCCUACUACGCGUGGCACCGCAACCAGGAUGGCACCGACGUGGCUGCCGACUCCCUCUUGUUCACCAACCGGUACUGGAUGCCCACAGAUGACUCCUUAGAUGAUUCCCAGUGAUGCGAACAAAGGAAGAAGGAGAUGUUCCAUAGUUCCUCCUGAGCACGUAGAGGAGGCACCCUGUUGUGAUCUCUUUGGGAAAUGUUUGAUGCUUAGUCAGAGAUCAGAGUGGCUCAAACCUGUACCGACAACUGUGCAUAGGGAUGAAAGUUACGUGUGACGGUGCGAGUGAGCAAAACACGCGCCGUGAACUGGAUGUGCCCAUUAUUCAUGUACAUGCACGCUCAAUAAUUGAUCUGGUUUGGAGGCACGUCACGUGCGAGAUCUCAGCAAGUAUUGAUC